GCCGCCACCAGCGCGUUGGGAGCAGCCGCGACCUGCGCCUGGGCUGGGGCCGGAGUCGCAGCUGGAGUGGGGACGGCGCGUGUGAGUUACCGAGAGGCGCCGGUGCAGGGACAUCUCAAACUCUGAUCGGGAGUGCUUCAGGUGGUCGGAACCGAAGCCGCCCCUCAGCACCGCGCCCCCCAGGACCAGGCAGCUGGACUGGGUCUCCGCAGGUGUGGGACUGGCUCCUCCCGGGCCGGCCCCCUCCCCGAGCUGGACUCUGGGUUUUGCCACUGGCUCCCUUCAAACUCAGGACGGGCCGCGGCACACAGUGAUCAUCCGAGACCAGGGCUUUCUGGCCCGUACAGUUUUCCGGUCCCCAGGGUUGUGUCUGAGUAGCUGCGGCCAGGAGUCCCCUCCUGCUGCCACUUGUCCAGCCAGAGAGGGGCUAGCGUGUUCCCACGGACCCCUUCUGCGCUCUCCUCUCCACUUAGAAGCAAGUUUCUAUUCCCCCUCAAUUGGAAAUCCUGCACUGGAGAUCCAAAACAGGCCCUUCCCCAGCACCUGGAGCACUCUUAGAAAUGUAAGUACUUAUCAGAGUUAAGAAUCAUUCUUGACUUGGCCUUUUCUCCCCCGUUGGUUUUGGGGAGAUAAAAAGUUGCUCACUUUCCAGCCUUUUAAUUAAUUACCCCCAGGACCUUGCGCAUUUGAAUCACCAGCUCCCUGGCUACCUCUAUGUAGUGACUUCCUCCACCCACCUGAGUUCCAGUUUCUUCUGGACUCCAACAUCUAGCUCCCAACGGAUCUGGUCAGUCCCACCUCUGGGUGGGAGUGACCAGAGGGGGCUCCAGCCCAGAAUCCCCCACCCUGGAAGGCAGCUCCAAGGCAGCUAGAGAACUGGGCGUCGGGUACGAACCUGGCAGCUCAGGAGUCGGUGCUCCACUCACCCCACACAAGAAGAUGAAAAAACGCAAAGAACUCAAUGCAUUGAUCGGCCUGGCUGGGGACAGUCGCAGAAAGAAGCCCAAGAAAGGCUCAGGCCACCGCCUACUUCGCACUGAGCCUCCUGAUUCCGAUUCCGAGUCUAGCUCUGAGGAAGAAGAGGAAUUUGGUGUCGUUGGAAGUCGCUCUCGUUUUGUCAAGGGAGACUAUUUACGAUGCUGCAAGAUCUGUUACCCCCUCUGUGCUUUCGUCAUCCUCGCGGCCUGUGUCGUGGCCUGUGUUGGUUUGGUGUGGAUGCAAGUUGCUCUCAAGGAGGAUCUGGAUGCCCUCAAGGAGAAGUUUCGAACAAUGGACUCUAAUCAGAAAAGCUCAUUCCAAGAAAUCCCCAAACUUAAUGAAGAGCUACUCGACCAACAGAAACAGCUUGAGAAAAUUGAAUCUGGAGAACUGGGUUUGAACAAAGUCUGGAUAAACAUCACAGAAAUUAAUAAGCAGAUUACUCUCUUGACCUCUGCAGUAAACCACCUCAAAGCUAAUGUUAAAUCUGCUUCUGAUUUAAUUAGCCUGCCUGCCACUGUAGAGGGACUUCAGAAGAGUGUAGCUUCCAUUGGCAACACUUUAAACAGUGUCCAUCUUGCUAUGGAGGCAAUACAGAAAACUGUGGAUGAGCACAAAAAAGCCAUGGAGACGCUGCAGAGUGAUGUGAAUCAGCACCUCUUAAAGGGGACCGAUGGAAGCAAUCAGAUUGCUCCAUCCCCUUCAGUUACAUCAGACCUUGACAAUAAAAUGCACAGUGAGAGUUUGAAACAGGACAUCCUGUACCUUCACAACUCUGUAGAGGAGGUAAACAGUGCCCUAGUGGGGCUCCAGAGACAGAAUGACCUUAGACUCGAGGGGAUGAAUGAGACAGUCAGUAAUCUUACCCAGAGAGUCACCCUAGUAGAAAGCGAUCUGGUUGCUAUGAGCAAGGUAGAAAAGAGAGCGAGCCUGUCCUCCAGCAUGGUAGGUGAGAAAACCGCCCUUCUGAAAAGAGUAUCUUUGGAUCAAAUGACCAACAGAACAGAGUCACUAAAAACGCCAAGCAUAAAAAAAGAAGAUAGUUCCGAUUCUCAGGUAUCCAAGCUAAGAGAAAAACUGCAGCUGAUCAGUGCUCUCACAAACAAACCUGAGAGCAACAAGCCUCCAGAGACCGCCAGUAAAGAACAAGUACAGAGUUUCACGUCACAACCAUCAGCCCUGCCAAAAUUGUCACGAUCUCUUGGAGACCAAAUGGAGAAAGCUCCCCAACUAAGACCUCUCUCCCUACCAGGAAUUUCAAGCAUCAAAGAUCUCCAAGAUUUAUUCCAAAAGACUGACCAGGACAUGGAUGGGAAGCUGACCUACCAGGAAAUCUGGGACUCCUUAGGUUCUGCUGGGCCAGAACCAACGAGCUUGAGAGUGUUUGAUUCUGAUGGAGAUGGAAGAUACUCGUUCCUGGAGCUCAGAGUGGCUGUAGGUCUCUAGCCUUCUCAGGCAUGUUUUGAAAGUGAAUAUAUGCACUGGACUACCUACGAACCUACGAACCUAUCAAAACCAGCCCUUUCCCUUACCCCGUCAACGUAGCCCUCUGUGGCAGACACAUUGCCACCUUCUCACUGGUUUGAAGAAGCUAUAUAAAAGUUAUUUUUUAAAAAAACAGCCCACUUAUACUAUGAUAUUCAGAAGCUUCUGAUUUCCUGAAACCAGAAAAAUCUUACCUUUUAAAAUUUCCAGAAAAAAAGGAAAGCCCCCCUUUUUGUCGCCUUUUAUUUUCUUUCUGAGAAGACACCUUAUCUUUUAAAAAUGUAUAUAGAGAGAGACUAAGCCACCUUUUAUAUUUCACAUAAAUUUGCCUUAAAUUAGCUGCACUUUAUAGAGACUCAGAAAAUGUCUUUUCUUUAAAAGAUGGGCCUUUUCUGUUUGUAAAUAGUUUAAAUAAGAAUUGUGCAUAUUUUGUGGGAAGUGAGAAGAGAGGUUUUAAAGGAUCUGAAGAAAUGGCUUGCUACUAAGACUCCCUAAUCUGCUCUAGGUAGCUGCUGAAGUUAUGCCCUCAUCUCCUUCAGGCAUCCCUGGAAGGCCUAGCUGCUGCCCUGGAAUAUAGCCUGGUGCCUCCGGGAGUCCGUUUGGGGAGUGGACACUGUGUGGACUGUGCCAACUCCGAACUCCGCAGAGUAGGAUCCUGAUUCCCCCUAUUCCCUCAGCUAAUCUCAGUGUACGUAUCAGAGGUGUCUCAUUGAGAUGCUUACUCCUCCCUGUCCCUACACCUGCCCAUUCUUAGCCGAAUGUCAGCGUGUAUGAGCAUAAAAGGUCCAGAGGGAGCUACUUGGCCCCACUUGGUGAUCCGUUUUAGAGCUGUAGCUGGCUCCUACUUCUGCUCUCCCCUCAGUCUCCAUUCUGAGUGGCCAGGUCUAGUCCCCGCCUUACUCUCUCAGCCCAGCCAGCGGGAGCUUCCAAGGGGAGCUAUGCUUCUAACCUUGACUUGAUGCAGGAAAUUUCACCCCUUAAGAUUUUUACCUUACAGUUAUCCAAGAAGCCAGUAUUUUUCUCUCUGGGCUGACCAAAGCAAAAAAGGAAGGUGGUGAAAUGAAACAAAACAAACCACACAUAAGCUCAGAGUCUGUUUCCUGGCCAUUUUCAGCUCUGAAGUAGCUAAAGGCUUGCUGUCUACAAGAUGCCAAAGCCCUUCUUUCCCAAAGCAGGCAGCCUGGAGCCAGGACGUUCAUGAUGGUAGCAAGUGUCCACUAACCUGUUACAAGGAAGUGCAGUGUCUCUCUGAAAAACUCCUAGGGCUGCUGCUGGAUGGUGCAGGGGCUGGAAGGAGUAAUACAUUCGUGUCUCCUGUUUAUUGAGCUUGGGUUUGUGUCUGGUUUCUAGAAGAAUGCCUUUAGGCAACACAAAAAGGGCGGGGGAGCAAACCACAAAACUCAACUUUGCCGCAGCCCAGGUGAGGGAGAAACGAGGUGCUUUCAGGGCACCUGCUAUAAUAGAGCUCAUUUCCAUUUUUGCUUUCUAAGGUGCCCUGUCAGAGCUGUGGGUGCCACCCAGCACCCUUAAAAGUUUAAGAGCUAUAUGAUGGCCCACCUGGUGUUGGCUAACUGAAUUUUUCUUUUCAAGAAGUAUUAAAUUUUAAUUAAUGCAAAGUGAAGGGUUUUGUUUGUUUGUUUUUAACCAUGAAUGUGUCAGCUUACCUCAUUAUGGCUUAUGCCUCUCAAUUAAAAAAAGAAAUCCUUGCCCAUCUGAGCUAGUGCACUUUCUUAGAAAAGUUAAAAUAUAGUAUGAAAUUUGCUUGCUGCUUCAGGUGACUUGAAGACAACUCUUGCUGGCUGCCUUCCAUGCCCCCUCUUUUCAUGUUUUAAUAUAUAUGCACCCUUACAGAUUUUGUAACAACCAAAUAAAAUUCUAGCAAUAAAUUGAAUUAUAUUACUAUAUUUGUAUAUACUGUACCAUAAAUAGUGUGCCUGUAUCUGGAAGGUAUUUUUUUUGAAAACAGAUUUAUAUGAAAUAUACUUGAGGGUAAUGUAGCUUGUCCUUUUUAGUUUCAAAUUCUUAUUCAUAGGCAGAUGCUUUGAGGACACCUUAACUCUUUGUGGCAUGAACUUUUCUUUCGCAUCAGGUAGCUAGAAAUGGAGAGGCCUUACUGAAGACAGGUUUUUUGGAGUGUAUCUUAUGUUCUUCCUACGUUCAACUUGUUGAGCUAACAUCCCUGAGCCAGCUGUGCCAUGCUGUCCCCUCGCCCUACCCAGUCUGCUAAAAAUGUUCCGGCUGCACUCCGGGCCUGUGAAGGCCCUCCCAUACUGCUUGAGGAAGUACCAGGCAAAAUUGGGACAGCUUGGACCCCUUUGUCCAAGUUUAGCAGGCUGACCGCCUGAAGAGCCCCCUAUGCUUCAGUGUUUGAUUUGGGCUUUUCUUUGCCUGUCAUUUUAACCUCACCUACCACAUGCCUCAGCUCUCAGAGCAAAGGUGGGUGGUGGUGGUGGGUUUGAUCUUGCAUCUCGUUUUCCUUUGAACUGUAGGAGGAUGCAGUGCUGCUUUCCUAAGUUAUCCAAAGCCUAGUCCCUGCGUGCCCCCCACCCCCGUGCUUUUUUCCUUUUGCCUUGUACUGCCUACCAUUGCUUUUAUUUAAAGCACCUUCCCAUAAAGCAGGUAGAGGCAAAAGGUGGUGUCCGAAGAGAAGAGCCAAAAGAAGAGAGUGCGUGAUGGCAGUGUCAUCCGAAGGGCAGAGCGGAGUGGGUGCCCUAGAACAGCUGGAGAGCAGACCCCUUCACCUGCCACUGGGAGGCUGUUCUCCCCAUUGGAGUUGCGGGCGGAACCGCCUUGCUGGUCCUGCUGGUCACAGUUGAAGAUUUUGACUCGAAUGGGCUUGUACUCAUAAUGGCUUGCUGUUGAGUUGUUUUCAGUGACAGAGUUUGUUUGCUACACACCUCAUUGGCUUGCUUACCAAGGCCAGCUAGAUGGGCUCCCUUCUUUCAUACCCAAACCACAACACAAUUGGGUAUUCCUGAGACUUUAUAGAGCGUGUAUUGUUUGUUAUACGAACCUAGCCUACCUUGUUGUUUUCUCAUAUUAAGAAAUGUAAAUCUACUUUAUUCUAGCGGAGCUAUUUUUUGGUAAUGUAUAAGCAAUUUUAGUUCUCUUUAGGGACUGACAUCCAUGACUUGAUUUGAGCUUUGCUUAUUUCAUAUCAGUAAUACAGCCAUUUUAAUUUAUCUAAAUAAAGCAUUUCCCCUUUCUCUCUCA